CCCACCCAACCGCGCGAUACAUUGUAUCCAUUCCCACUGCCUUCUAGCCCCGGGCCAUCAUCUCCUGGUUCGAUGUUUGAUUUGCGAUCUAGCCUUGUAGACCCGACCCCGGCCUUUCUUGGAAACUUUUGCUUUUCCCUUUUUCUUUUCCAACCCCCCGCCCUCUCCCUAUCUCGCCAGUGCCCGUACCAUUUCGUUGCUGCGCUGGCUGAUGGUUUUUCCGCCACGCGACGGUGAUAGCACGUGUCUGUCAAAGGUUCAUGAAAACACACCUUGGUGUGUGGGCUCGCAGCGAGAGCCUCUGCCGCGGUGCUGUCAAGCUCCAGCAUGGAGCCCAUGGAGGAGGACUCUUCGUCCGGAACUCUCAAAGCGCAACCGCAAACCGCGUCUUCCGGUCCCGGAGCUCCCGCGACACAGCCCGCCCCCGCACCUGUGCCAAUCCCGCCUGCGGGAGGUAGCUCGUCGGGCAUAUCAACUGACCCGCCCGGCUAUUCCAAACGGAGACGGGGCCUGGGCGUCGUCACCCCCAAUGCUUGCACCGAAUGUCGCAAGAAGCGCGCAAAGUGCGACGGCCGGAGACCAUGCACCAGGUGCAAGUCCCAGAAAGACGUCGAAUGCGUCUACGAGAUCCCCGUCCGCCAGUCGAAGGAGAACCUCCGCCACGAGAUCGAGCAAUUGAGGCGCCAGCAACGCAACAGCGGCUCCGUCUUCGCUGCCCUCGUCCAGCCCAACCUGUGGGAGGAGGUGUUGGCGCGUCUGCGAAGUGGCCAGAGCGUCGAGAGCAUAUCUGAGUGGUUGGACGGGACGCUGCCAUCUGGAGGAAGUGCGAUUCCUGUUAUCAACCGUGCUCUCAACCCGUCGACCGGGUUCUCCAGUGGCUAUGCAGGUCCUGGAGCAAGCUCGUACGCACGCCUGGGCUCUGGGCCGAGCGCCGUCAGCCCUGUGUCUAGUCAGCACCCUCAAGGCAUCCGCCAGGAUACUGACCACAACAGCCCCUGGGCCGAUCCCUUCUCUUCGCACAGCCAGACCGUUUCUACAAGAAGCAGCUCGCACCCAGAUGGCAGGGCUUGGGGCUCUGAAACCGUCAGGGGCGGUCGCCAGUCCAAAGUUGGCUCCUGGCUCGAGAGCCAAGACCAGCCAGCCAACUCAACAGGCGGUAUGAUCGAGCAGCUGCUUCCGCCAGAGCUGCCAGAAUUGAAGGUGCCUGCCGGGGCGUGGACGGGUAUCACUUCGGAUCUCAACCUGGUCCAGCACCUGCUUGCGCUCUACUUCUGCUGGGAAUACCCGACCUUUGCCUCGUUCAGCAAGGAGCACUUCCUCAGGGACUUCCAAGACGGCCGUGGGAGGUUUUGCUCUUCCAUCCUUGUCAACGCCCUGCUUGCCCUGGGUUGCCGUUUCUCGAGCCAACCAAACACGCGCGCAAACCCCAACGACCCGUACACCUCGGGCGAUCACUUUUUCAAGGAGAGCCAGAGGCUGUUCUGCCAAGAGGAGGACCACCACAAGCUCACCACUAUCCAGGCCUUGGGCAUAAUGUCCAUCAGGGAGGCCAGCUGUGGACGGGAUUCCGAGAGUUGGUACUACGCUGGCCAGAGCAUACGCCUGGCGAUCGAGAUGGGCCUGCACCAGGUCACUGGCGACAGCGGUGACGAGGACGAGACCGCCGUCCAGGCGGCUACCUUCUGGGGGGCCUUUGCUCUAGACCACGCAUGGUCAUUAGCGACUGGCUCCCUCCCGCAGACAUCAUGUUUCCCCGACUUACCGCCCAAGCCGGCCAUAAUUGAUGAUAUAGAGGCGUCGCUGUGGAUCCCCUACACUGACGAUGGCCUUCCAUUACAGAGACCGUGCGAGCAGCCGUCAAACGUACGAUCUGUGUACAAGUGCUUCUGCGAGCUCAGCGAGCUUGUUCACCAGUCGCUGUACAUACUCCAUUCUCCUGGCCGACCGCUCACCAGUCGGGACCUGCUCAAGAUUUACACGCAGUACCUGAACUGGUACGACAAGAUCCCCGAGGUCUUACGGUUGGGCCACAACUUCACACCAGCCGUCCUCUUCGCACAGGAUCUCUCGCUGAUCGCGCCCGUCACCUCCAGCAUGUAUUAUCACUUCGCCAUCCUGCUGCUCUUCCGGCCUCUAAUCAAGCUCCGCAUCAUCGGCUCAAGCAUAACGCCGCGCGACGUGUGCACACAAGCCGCCGACGCCAUCCAGGGCCUCCUGCGGUCAUAUUCGCAGCUCUAUACGCUGAGGCGCACGCCUUCGUUCGUGCCAUACUUUGUGCUAACCUCGUCUAUCAUGCACCUCGCCGUCGGGGCAUCAACGACUUCGACAUCGUCGUCGGGGCAAGGCGACAGAUCACACGAGGCGGCCGAAGGAGGCCAGCCGGGACCGGGUCAGGGCAAGGUCCAGCCGCACGUGGCGGAAGCAAUCAGCCGGGGGAUUGCUGACCUUACAGAAAUGGCCCCGUGUCACCACUUUGCAGAGCAGGCGCUGAAUAUCCUGCGAUACCUGGCCAAGAAGUGGCAAAUCGACGUCGACAUCAAGAGUGAACCGAAGGUCGAAGGUGUUGCCGACGACGGGCGGUCGACGAGGCCGGUCACCAGCAGCCUCAACUUCUUCGCCCCCAACUUCAACGAGCAGGAUUUCAUGUGUAAUUGGGGCGCCACGCCAACGCCACCCCAGCCCGACCGGCGGGCCGAGGCGCGCGAGACCACCAGGGAACCAUUGCCGCUUAUGAAAGACCCCGUGGAGAAUCCCCUCUUCUGGCCGUUCCCGAUGCAAGGGAGGCCGAUGAUCCCAAGCGGCCCGUUGCUGAGGGAGGCGGGAUUCGAGCUGAUCUGA